AUGGCAGGCUCCUCUGAAGACCGGUCGCGGCGCCGCCGCCGUCAGGCUGAUUUGGAUGACGAGAUGGAAGAAGGCGAUAUCGUCCCCAGGUACCACUCAGCGUCGGACACCACAGAGUACUACAACAACUAUUCCUCCGACGAGUCGGACGAGACCACCAGCAACGCCAGCUCGUACCCUGUCGCGGCGAACAACAACGGCAACGCCAGCUCGUCCUCCGUCGCGGCGAAUAACUACGGCAACUCCAGCCCUUCGUCCGCCGUCGCGGCGCCGGUGCACGCCUGCUGCUUCUGCGGGAAGGAGUUCGGGAGCAACAAGGCAGUGUGCGGGCACAUGAAGGUUCACGUUCACGACCGCCCGCAAGGGCGCCACGAGCAGAGGAACGGGGAGGGGGAGGAGGUGAAGGGCAAUGUGGCGGUCGCGGGGAGCUGGGGCGUCACCGGCAAGCGAGGCUGCCCUGGGUCGGGGGGCACGGCUGUCUCUCCGAGUGCCGAACCGGACAGCUCCAUGACCAUAAUGGUGGCAGAGCCCAAGCUUGUCCUGCAGCCGAUGCCCAUGGCUUUCGCAAAAACCAAUCUGUCGUCCGUGCCCAUGGCGUCCGCAGGAACUGAUCUUUCCGGCGAGAGCAGCAGAGCGCAGCCGAUACAUAAUGAUGCCAUGGCCAUAGUGGUGGCAGGAGCCAAUCCACCCACCGAAGCUGUCGUCCACCAGCAAGCUGCGCCACCGCCGCUUGCAGGGGAGCAAGCUCCACUCGUCCUCCAGCAGUCCGCUGCGCCACCGGCUGCAGGAGGGCAAAAUCUGAACGGGUACACAUGCAGCGAGUGCAACAAGUGGUUCAAGACGCACCAGGCGCUUGGUGUCCACGUAACCGGCCACAAGAACAGGGAACUCGCCGCCGCGGCCGCGGGAAUGCCCCAGGACGGCGCCGUUCCAUGCCGCCGAGGCCCCAAGACGGAGAAGGCGCACGUGUGCAAGAUGUGCGCUAGAGAGUUCUCAAAAGGGGUGCAACUCGGCGGCCACAUGAGGACGCACUGGGAUGGCCCGCCGAUCGUGCCCAAGAAGAAGCAGCGCAUUAUCCAGCCCCUACCGCCGCCCGCCGAAGUCGAAAAGCCGGCACCUGCCCUGACCACCGAGGACGUGGCACAGCUCAGAUUUGUGCUGCCGGUCAAAGCGGAAGAGGCAUCGCCUGCGCCGGCCGUGGAGGCGCCGCAGCCUGCUCCGGCGCCAGCGGUGGACAGAACACCCGAGCCUGCACCUGCUGGGCCGCCCGUGACGCGUAGAGUAUUUCUCUUUGGCGCUGACAUUGGGCCGGGAGUGCAAACGCCAGCGGCGCAACAAGGCUCGCCCGGGACAGAGGGCUCGGCGUCCACAGGUGGGCAGCAGCAGUAG